CAAACUUCAUUCUUUUCAUUGCUGUGUAAUAUUCCAUGGUAUAAAUCUGCAUAGGUUGUCCAUUCUGCUGUGGGUAAAUGUGUGGGUUGUUUCAUUUGGGACUAUUAUGAGUGAAGCUCCUAUGAGUGUUUGUGUCUUUUGGGAGACAUAAACCUUCAUUUCUCAGGAGUGGAGUUGCUGGGGUGUAGGGAAGACACAUGUUUAAAUUUAGUGGAUAAAGUCAAACCAUUUUUCACAGGGUUGUACCAAUUUACACUCCCACCAGCAGUGUAUGAAAGUUCUAUUUGCUCCUUAUUCUCUUAGGAUUGUAGGUCUUUUUAAUUUUAACCUUUCUGAUAGGUGAAUGGUAGUAUCUCAUUGGAGUUUUAAUUUCCAUGUCUCAGAUGGCUAAUUUACACUCCCACCAGCAGUGUAUGGAAGUUCUAUUUGUCCCUUAUCUUCGUCAGCACUUGGUAUUGUCAGUCUUUUAAUUUUAGCCAUUCUGAUGGGUGAGUAGCCGUGUCUCAUUGGGAUUUUAAUUUCUGUUUCUCUGAUGCCCAGUGAUGUUGAACACCUCUGCGUGUGCUUAUUGGCCAUUGGAUAUCUUUUGUGAAGUACCUAUUCAAGUCUUUUGCCCAUCUUAAAUUUGCCUUGUUUCUUUUUCUUAGUGACUUGUAGGAGUUGUUUUUACACUAUGGAUACAAACCCUUUGUGAUAUACACAUUGAAAAUAUCUCCCCCAGCCCCAGUCUCUUAAAGAUAAUGAAUAGAAGUUUUUAAUUUGAAUGAGGGCUAAUUUAUCUACCUUUUCUUUUAUGAUGAGGUAGUUUUUUGUGUCCCGUUUAAGGAAGCUUUGCCUACCUGCUGAAAGCAUUUUUCACUGGGAUUUCUCCCUGCAGGGCUGGAAAUGGCCACCGGGGACAGGUCGAGCCAGAGGCUGCCCCAGGUGGCCGAGCCAGGUGUGGAAGGGGAGCCGCAUCUGCCCACAGGCCGGGAGCUGACCGAGACCAACCGUUUUGCCUAUGCCGCCCUCUGUGGCAUCUCCUUGUCCCAGCUCUUUCCAGAACCUGAGCAAAGAUCCUUCUGCAUGGACUUUGUGGCUGGCCUGGUGAAGUGGCUGGACUUGUCCGAAGCUGUCUUGCCAACCAUGACUGCUUUUGCCAGCGGCCUGGGAGGCGAAGGAGCAGACACGUUUGCUCAGAUUUUAUUGAAGGACCCCAUCUUGAAGGACAACCCACUGGUGAUCACUCAGGACCUUCUGAGCUUCUCACUCAAGGAUGGGCGCUAUGAUGCUCGGGCCCGAGUCCUCAUUUGCCACAUGACCUCCCUCCUCCAAGUGCCCUUGGAGGAGCUGGACCUCCUCGAAGAGACGUUCCUCGAGAGCCUGAAGGAAACCAAAGAGGAGGAAUCUGAAACGGCCGAGGCAUCCCGGAAGAAGAAAGAAAACCGGAGGAAGUGGAAGCGCUAUCUCCUGAUAGGCCUGGCGACGCUGGGAGGCGGGACAGUGAUCGGCGUGACCGGGGGUCUGGCUGCCCCUCUUGUUGCUGCCGGAGCCGCGACAAUCAUUGGCAGUGCCGGGGCAGCGGCUCUGGGCUCAGCGGCCGGCAUAGCUGUCAUGACCUCGCUGUUCGGUGCAGCUGGAGCUGGCCUGACAGGAUACAAGAUGAAGAAGCGUGUUGGGGCCAUUGAAGAGUUCACGUUUCUGCCUCUGACAGAAGGCAGGCAGCUACACAUCACCAUCGCCAUCACGGGAUGGCUGGCAUCUGGCAAAUACCGCACCUUCAGCGCCCCGUGGGCUGCCCUGGCCCACAGCCGCGAGCAGUACUGUCUGGCUUGGGAGACCACGUACCUGAUGGAGCUUGGCAACGCCCUGGAGACCAUCCUCAGUGGUCUUGCCAACGUGGUGGCCCAGGAGGCCCUAAAAUACACAGUGUUGUCUGGCCUUGUGGCUGCCCUGACCUGGCCAGCCUCACUCCUCAGUGUUGCCAAUGUCAUCGACAACCCCUGGGGUGUGUGUCUCCAUCGAUCGGCAGAGGUUGGCAAGCACCUGGCCCACAUUCUACUCUCCCGGCAGCAGGGCCAGCGGCCUGUCACCUUGAUUGGCUUCAGCCUGGGAGCCAGAGUCAUCUACUUCUGUCUGCAAGAGAUGGCUCAGGAGAAAGCUCUUCAGCUGCUUCUCUCUAGAGGCUGUGCUCUGAAGGAGACCGAUGCUACUGUCCACUGCUACCAGAUGCCUGGCAUCACCACUCCCCACAACAAACUCCUAAAAUAGUGCCUGCAAUUAGCAGCUGGCUAGAAACAGGCACGGUGACUAUAACGGCUGAGCCAUCUCCAAAGACAGUGCCUCAUGCCCAGCAUUUCUACCUAGUUGCCAAAUUGAUCAUCUGCACGGGAAUAACAGUGGACACCACUGACCAAGCCGUGUGCCAGAGACAGCCCUGAACAUACAACCUCACGCCAGCCCUGGGAAAUCAGUAUUAUUAUAUUCUCUCCAUUUUAAAGAUGAGGAAGCUGAGGCUCCAAGUUAUUAAAUAACUGACUUCGGUUCACGUAAAACCAAGAUUUGAACACAGAUUUCUCUUGUGCCAAAGGUCAAGCCGCUUCCCCUGGACUGGUGAUUCCCAGCCUUUUUGAACCUGAGCCCUUUCGAAAGGCAAACACUUCACAGCCCUGCCUAUGGCAGUCAUCCCACUUUCAGCAUCUCCUGGUGGAAACAGUAUGUCAUGACCACAAACUACCUGAAUCCAGGAAUUCUGUGAGUUGCAACAGCAUCUGAUACAGUCUUAGAAUCAUGACACCUGCUGUGUGAGACGGGAGACAUUUAACUGGAUGACAGCAGUUUGCAAUUGUGUAGUUUCUUAGGCCCUCGAAGUUGCUGGGUCUUUGUCCCCAAAGAUGGGGCACCCUGAGCUGUACCGUGAAUCAUCUGAAGAGUCUGGAGACCCUGAGCCUUCUUAUUAUGUAGGCCAAGCCUGAGGGAUUUUUGUUAAUACAGGUGAUGUCGGUGCUUCUUGGGAGGGUCACCAUGAGCCUCUGGGUCACACUGUCGGAAGCCAGCAGAGGAGACUGAGGCAGAGUCAGCUUUGGAAGGACCGGUCAUUAUUCUUGCCCACUGCAGGCCGCAGUCAGUCACAGUAGCAUCUGUUCCCCUGGAGCAGAGCUCUGGAAACCAGCAAUUGAAGAGCUGAGAACCCUGGUUAAAUACUCUUCCAUUUACUUUCAGCCAAGUCAGCUCUCUUCAUUUGCUUUUAUCCAGUCUACGGAGAUCCUCAACUAGAGCCUCUCGGAAGAAGUUAUACCGGGAGGAAAAUUUUUAAAAUUAAAAAAAUAAACUUUUUGCAUGUAUUCUCAACAUGAAGGGUUGCUGAGUCCCACAGCUUGCUUUCAUUCAUCCCACAAAUACUUACUGAGCAGAGCAUCUGUGCCAGUUGCUGUUCUAGGCACUGGGGAUUCCCUGGCUCAACCCUUGAGGAGCUCACGUGUAGUAGGAGACAGAUCAUAGGAGAGACUGUGAAAGUAAAAUAGGUAGUAAGUCAGAUGGUCUCAAGUGCUGUGGAGAAAAAUACAUCAGAGAAGGGAGAUGGGGCACCUGCUAGGGGUGGGAGGUUGCAUCUUCCUCCCUUUGGAGGGUGGCAGUUCAACAAAGAGGUGAAGGAUCAGGUCGGGGGGUGAGGCUUGUGGAUGUUGGAAGGAAGCAUAUCAGGAGGAGAGAUCAGCAAGGGAAAGGCCUGGCAUGUUCUGGAACAGCAAGGCCAGUGUGGCUGGAAGAGAGUGAGCAAGGGGAAAGUGUGGGGAAGGUCACGCAGGGCUUCGAGGGCUGUUGAAAUGACUUUAACUCUGACUCCACAAGAGAUGGAUCCCACAGGAGAGUUUUGAGCACAGGAGUGAAAUGAUCUGACUUUCCUGCAGUGUCAUUUACAUAUGACACAAUCCCCCCAUUUUAAGUGUACAAUUCAGUGAUUAUUAGCGAAUGUGCAGAGUUGUACAAACCAUCACCACGACCCAGCUGUAGAACAUUUCCAGCACCCGCAAAAGGCACCUCAUGCCUAUGACUCAAAUUUUAAAGGGAUCUCUUUGGGUCCUGUGUUAAGAAUAAAGAAAAGAGGGACUUCCCUGGCAGUCCAAUGGUUAGGACUCAGUGCUUUCACUGCCGUGGUCCCAGGUUCAAUCCCUGGUCAGGAACUAAGAUCCCACAAGCCACGGGGUGUGGCCAAAAAAAAAAAAAAAGGAAUGAAAAUAAGAGGUAAGAGCAAAGACAGUGUGGGAAGGUAAUGUUUCUCACCAUACGUGAGUGAAAAAAAGGACUGAAAGUGGAGGGAUAAAGACAGGACUAAUAAAGCUUUUCUUCUGAAUUGCCCCAGGGAUGGAGCCUCGUUAAUGCCAAAGGCAUAAGAAUGAAAGGCCUCCAGCUUCAACAGUAAAAGUACUACAUUAAUAACAUACACAAGACUGUUUAAAACAUGAGCAAUCCAAGCCCAAAAGCUGAACCUGAACUUGAGUCCUGAACUUGAAGGUGACUGAUGCACCUUGGAUCCCUGACUAUUUAUAAAACUAUGGAACUAUAUCUUAACACCUUAAAAAUUCAUAAGAAGAAAAGUUGGUGGUAGCAAUAUAGGAGUACAUCCCAACAUGUUUCAGCAAACAUUCGUGGUCCCUGCAGGAAAAAGACAGUGAGGUCAUCUUAUGUUCGUUAUUAUUAAAAUGUUAAAUGCCAGUUUCUUGCGUUGGUCUUGAAAAGCGGGGGUAUUCUGCGCUGAACUCAUGUCAUGAUGUGACGGAUCAUCUGUGCCCAUGAAAGGGGACUGCUUGACACUAAAAGUGGUACCUGAGUGAGGAUUCUCUGUAUUUUACCUGGAAGGCUGAAAUCUUCUGGUAUUAUAAGGUUUUGGACCAAACAGUGAAUUUUGACUUUUUUUUCUCCAGCAUCUACUUCAGCAGCCAGUUUUCCUAACUCAGGUUUCCCCUCCUGGACCGUCUCAUUCCGGGAACAGUACAGGAUUCUCCCUUGGGUGGGUCUAAAAUGAUUCUCACCAACUUUCUUUAAGCUAACACCUGUGCAUUACCAAGAGCCUGCCACGUGGCUUCUCUCUAGGUAUGCAACUUCCUAGAGAGCAAAUCAUCUUUUAAAACAUAAGACAGGCACAUCUGACUGUGGCAGCAGUGUGAGGAUAAAGGGGAAGAGGUCUAGAAAGGCAGUUUAAAGCCAGGCUUCAGAGAUAGGUAAACGUGUUUCCAGCUCGCCACCUACCCUGACUUGGUUUGACUGUGUUCUGGACUGUUUUGUGAGAUUCAGCUACUAGUCUCAGCUCAGCAAAGGCACCUACCUUUGUUUGCUUUUCAUAACACCUGUCUGAUGGCUAGUCACAGGAUCCUGACAGUUGCUCAGGGUAACCUGAUAGGGAAUGCUGCAGUUCCCCUGCCGGCCACAAGGAGGUCCCAGCCCUCCAGGCGUCGGCACCCAGGGCUGCAAAGCUGCCCCAGCUCCUCAGAUGGAGAGAUUCUGGGGGACAGGGCAGGUGCCUUGAGUGGCCGGCGUCCAGAGAGAGCUGCUAAGCUCAGUCGUUGACCCUGGGCCCACAGCCGUUUGGCACCGUGGGAGCAAUGAUAACCCGCCUGCGAUCGCUGUGCUUUGAGUUGUUACCCGUACACAGCAGAGAGAAUGGCCCCAGGCCCCGACAGCUCCCCGUGCCGGGUUCUGGGCCCGGCUGUAUUCUCACUACCUGUGUGACCGUGGGCAUGCCCCACCCCCUCUGAGACUCCGUGUUUCCUCAUCUGCCGAGAGAAGGGGUCAGAAUCAGAGCUACAGCCUUGCCAACAGCAUAAGCACCUGAAAUAGCCCUUACAUCAAACAGUAUCUGAGUCAUCCUUGCAAUUCAACACAAACUACCAGCUUCCUGAAGUUUUCCAUCCUUCUGCCAGAUUAUCCCAUCCCUGGAAGCAGAGGAGUGAAAUCAGAAUUCUGUGCCCUGGAAUCUUAUAACUCAGGGCCAGAGAGGAGCACAGGGGUUCUCAAACUCCUGUUAGCCUGGAACCGUUUACUCAGACAAACUCUGACACAACAGCCCAAGUGGAAAACAGUUAGACGCACUCUGGUUAGAAACCGGAGCCCAGAGAGAGGAAGCCACCUGUCCUGUGUCCCUCAGCAAGAGAGAGUGGUGGGACUGGCUGAGCUGUCCCUCCGGGGCCCACUCCCCAGGAAUGACACGGAUUAUGCUACUCCCCAAACUUGGGGGGGCUCAGAACCUGCAGAGAGGCAGGGGCACAGGACAGGGGACGGGGCGGGGAGACACUGACUUCCACUGUGUGUUCACUAUGCUGGGGUUUUCCCCACCAUGAUUUCAUCCCCAUAAAGACCACCAAGGCAGUACCAUAGCCACCUGUAGGCUCAGAGAAGUUAAGUGACUUGUCUCAGAAGUCACUGAGCCGGGAUUUGAACCCAGGGCUUUGCAACUGCAAAGCACAUAUCCUGGCUGUCCCAGGGGAUGGCAAUGUAUUUAUUCAUUCAUUCAUUCACACCUUUACUGAGCCCCAAUUACAGACUAGGCACUGUCCUAUACAGCUGUGACCAAGGCAGCCGGAGCCCCGCCCUCCCUGAACCCAGAUAUUAGAGGAGGAGACAGACGUAAACAAGUGAGGUGUGACAAGAAGAAAAAUAGAGCCGGGUCAAGGGGUGACUGGGGGUGGAGGUGCACGUGCACCCCCAGGGGUCUAGAGCAGUGCUUCUCAAAGUGCGGUCUGCACUCCCAUGUGUGAGCUGUUGGUUUCCAGUCUGCAAGAUGAUCAAAGAAACGCUGCUUUGCUGAUCUAUACUUACAAGACAGACAGCCCACGGGCCAGCCCUCAUCCACGAGCUGCGCUCAGAGGAGCCCUGGCCUAAAAUACUCUGAACCACUAGGUCAGUGCAGCUGCUGCGUGUACUUCAUGUCCCAGGAUCCUGAGCCCCCCUCUCCUCUCCACUCCCACCUUCCCGCCGGGCUGUACAGACCCCAGAGGAAGGCUGUGGUGUCUCCUGCCCGGCAAGUGCAAUGCGCUAGGGGCCAUCAGUCCCUUCUAAAGGGAGACACCACAUGUGAGUCCACGGCCAGUUGCGAGCUUCAUGGAGGGUGGAAAUAGACCUGGGUCCCGAUUUGGGCCAUGCCACUUACUGGCCAUGUGAUCUUGAAAAUGUCUUUGGUUUUCCUUAACUGUGAAAUGGGGAUGAUGAUGCAUUGCAGGAAGAGAUCAGGCACCAGAGGGCCUGGAACUCAGUAGAUGGAAGCCACCGUACUGUGUGGGCAUGUGUGUGUCUGUGUGCACGACUGUGUUUGCGCAGGUGCCUGAGCAUAUGUGUGCAUGUCUGCAUGAGUGUGGGUGUGCAUAUGCACGUGUGUGCGCGUGUACGUGACAUCCAUUUCCUCCACCACCAUUGGAGAGUCGCUCUCAGGACCCGCUGUGGCCAGGGGUGCUGACAGUCAUUUCCGGGGUCUC